UCCCAGCCCAGUCAGUUGGCAGACACGAAGGUGGGAUGACUUGGAUCGGUUUGCUCAUCGUUGGCCUCACAGCCAUUGCUGUCCAGGGGGAAGUACCGAUAGUGACGAGGGCCGAGUGGAAUGCCAAGCCACCGAACGGAGCCAUGGACAGCAUGGAAACUCCCUUGCCUCGGGCUGUGAUUGCCCAUACAGCUGGUGGAGGUUGUGCGGAUGAUGUCACAUGCGCCCAGCAUAUGCGAAAUCUGCAAAACUUCCAAAUGACCAGGCAGAAGUUCUCGGACAUAAGCUACCACUACCUGAUCGGCGGCAAUGGCAAGGUGUAUGAAGGCAGAAGUCCAAGCCAGAAAGGCGCCUUUGCUGCUCCCAAUAACGAUGGCUCCCUGGGCAUCGCGUUCAUUGGUAACUUUCAGGAACGGGCGCCCAGCCAGGCGGCCUUGGAUGCCGCCAAGGAGCUGCUGCAGCAGGCUGUCACACAGGCCCAGCUGGUGGAGGGCUACAAGCUACUGGGCCAUCGCCAGGUCAGUGCUACCAUGAGUCCUGGAGAGGCACUGUACACUCUGAUACAGCAGUGGCCCCACUGGUCCGAGGAAAUGUGAAAUGUAGCGGGCAUUGCAUAAGGUUUCGACACGUAAAGACCACUCCUUACACAUUUAUUUGUAAAUAUAAUUAUGUAUAAUUUGUUUUUUUUUUGCUUAAAUACGAAUACUAAAAUUUUAA